CUGUUCUGUUAGAAUAUGAGGUGCAAUAAUGAGGAUGUGAAUAAUAAUAAUAAUAAGGAUGUGAACGCGCCUCUCCUCCUCCACCUCCCGGUGAGUGCGGUGGCGGUGGAAGUAGUCCAUGAGCAUGAGCAUGAGGAUAGCAGUAGCAACAGCAGGAGCUUGAACAAAGUGGUAAAUAAUAAUAAUAAUUCAAAUAUUGUGAGUCUGAACACCCUGUUCAUCCUGUUAGGGCCCUUGUUGUGCGGGUUGAUAUGCCUGUUUGUCCCGGUCGGGCAUGGGAGUAGUAGCCGGAAUAUGCUGGGGGUUCUGGCAUGGAUUUUCACUUGGUGGCUCACGGAGGCCGUUCCCAUGCCUAUAACCUCCAUGGCUCCGCUCUUCCUCUUUCCCUUGUUCGGGAUAGCCACCGCCGACCAAGUUGCUCAUUCCUAUAUGGAUGAUGUCAUUUCCCUCGUUCUCGGGAGCUUUAUUCUCGCCCUUGCCGUCGAACAUUACAACAUACACCGAAGAUUGGCCUUAAAUGUAACCCUAUUAUUUUGCGGGGAACCCCUGAAUCCGCGAUUGCUUCUGCUGGGAAUAUGUGGGACAACGGCGUUUGUGAGCAUGUGGAUGCACAACGUGGCAGCGGCGGUGAUGAUGAUGCCAGUAGCGACGGGGAUCCUGCAGCGUAUCCCGGCGGGGGUGAGGGAGGGGGACGCGGUGGCUCGGAAGUUCUGCAAGGCGGUGGUACUCGGAGUCAUAUAUUCUGCGGCGGUAGGAGGAAUGAGCACCCUGACCGGGACAGGUGUCAACCUUAUAUUGGUGGGAAUGUGGAAGAGUUACUUUCCGGAGGAAGACUCUAUCAGCUUCAGCACAUGGUUCUUCUUCGGCUUCCCUUUGGCACUAAUCGUAUUUCUGGCCUUGUGGGCCAUCCUCUGUCUCUUCUACUGUUCUUCUUCAUCAUCCUCAUCCUCCUCCCUUUCCGCCUAUCUCGACAAAUCCCACUUAAAGACUGAACUUCAAAUGUUAGGGCCAAUUACUUUCGCCGAGAAGACCAUUUUGGCCACAUUUUCGAUUUUGAUUGUGUUAUGGAUGACAAGGAGCAUUACAGAUGACGUUCCAGGGUGGGGUGCUCUCUUUAAUGGCCGGGCAGGCGACGGAACUGCCAGUGUUAUGAUGGCUACAAUUUUGUUCAUCAUCCCAAACAAGAAGCACUCUUCCUCCUCCUCCUCGGGUGGUGGUGGUGGUGAGAAAAUAAUGGACUGGAAGAAAUGCAAGAAGCUGCCUUGGAACAUCGUGUUGCUGCUCGGUGCAGGAUUUGCGAUUGCUGAUGGAUUUAGGGAGAGUGGUCUGGCGAACGAGCUGUCCAAGUCCCUGGGUUUCCUAGAAAGGGUUCCGUAUUGGGGGAUAGCGCCGAUCGUUUGCAUGAUAAGCGGUGUAAUAACAGAGUUCACCUCAAACAACUCGACGACGACCCUUGUUGUGCCGGUUCUGAUCCAAAUAGCGGAGACCAUGAAAGUGCAUCCUCUGUUGCUGAUGGUCCCGGGAGCCAUUGGUGCUCAGUUUUCUUACCUUCUUCCCACCGGAACGCCCUCAAACAUCGUUGGCUUCACCACCGGCCACAUACAUCUUACGGACAUGCUCAAAACUGGCCUCCCCCUCAAGCUUGCUGGGACUGCUGCUCUUUCUCUUCUCAUGCCAACUCUUGGAGUAGCCGUCUUUCGAACCAACAACCAUCAACCAACAACAACAACAACAACUCUUGGAGUAACCGUCUUUCGAACCAACAACAACUAUUAAUGUUCCAACCCCCAC